AUGAAGCUGUACGAGGCCUGUACGGCGCUGCUGAACGGCACCGAGGAGGAGAAGUCUUCAGCUUCAACGGAGGAGAAAACCUCCAAAACAACCACCACCCCAAAGAAGAAGGGCGAAGAGGACGUGAAGAAGUGGGCCGCCGACGGCCUCGCCUACCUCUCCCUGGACGCCGACGUGAAGGAGGCGCUCAUCGACGACCGCCGCUCGCUGGCGGCCCUCGUCGAGCUGGGCCAGCGCGGCGACCUCUCCGUCCUCUUCGGCGUCGUCACCACCUUCGUCAACCUGACCAACAGCUACGACAAGGAGGAGCUGCUGCCGGAGCUGGUGGAGCUGGCCAAGUUCAGCAAGCACCACGUCCCGGAGGAGCACGAGAUGGACGCGGCGGAGUUUGUCGCCGGCCGCUGUCGGGCGCUGGCCGAGCUGCACGUCACCGCCGCCCUGGUCGCCCUCACCCGCUCCCACUCGAAGACCAGCCGGGAGAGCAUCAGCCGCGUCUUCAACGCCCUCGUCGAGGUGAAGGAACUGCGGGGGCAGGUGGUGCAGGAGGGCGGCGUGGCCGCUCUGCUAAAACUGGCCACCGAGCAGAACACCGACCUGGGGAAGCAGCUGGCCGGGCAGGCGCUGGCCCGCAUCGCCAUCACCAACGACCCCAAGGUGGUCUUCCGCGACCAGCGGUCGGUGGAGGUGGUCGGACCGAUCAUGGCCCUCCUCCACCCCGACCGCAAGGGCCUGCAGAACUUUGAGGCGCUGAUGGCGCUGACGAACCUGGCGCAGACCAGCCCUGCAGUCCGCAAUCGCAUCCUCAAGGACGGCGGCUUCGCCUCCAUUGAGCAGUACGCCUACGAGGAGCACCGGGAGCUUCGCCGGGCGGCCGUCCAGUGCAUCGUCAACCUGAUCCUCUCCGAGGCGGUGGUGAAGUACUACGAGGCGGAGGGCAGCGACCGCACCAAGUACCUCGUCCUCCUCUGCAGCAGCAUCUGCGGCGGUCUGAGCGACGAGGAGGAGGAGAAGGAGGAGGAAGAUAAAGACAGCAAAGAAGGAGGGGCGGAAGAAGAGGACGUCGACCUGGAGACGGUCUCGGCGGCGGCGGGCGCCCUCGCCAUGCUCACCUCCGUCUCGUCGAAGGCCGCCCUGAAGGUCUUCACGGCGAAGCACUGGCUGCCCACGCUGAUCGCCCUCGUCAGCAGCAAGAACUUCGACCUGGCGCACCGCGGCGUCGUCGUGGUGCACAAUCUGAUCGCCGCCAGCGAGGAGGCGGCGGCGAAGGUGGUGGAGGGCCCCCUGCUCGAGCUGCUGAUGGCCAUCGUCCGGCCCGAGGUGGACGACAUCCCCGAGAAGAUCAAGGAGGUGGCGAGGGAGGCGCUGGCCAGGGCGGAGGAGCUGAAGCUCAUUAAGAACAUUGAGAAGCUGUCCACGUAG